UCACUCACAACCGACUUGAUGCGGACGGCCAACACAGCCUGCACCCGAGCUCACCCGUUCGCAUUGCUGCUGCCGCUGCCGCUGUCUCCACCGUUCUCGACACCUAUCGUUGUCCCACAAUAACACCCAGACCCAAUCCGUCUCAAGCUUUCGUGCCUCUGUCGCACCCACCACUUUUGAUGGCCGCAAUUGACGGGCGUGAGAGCUUCACCCGGCGAGACGCCUACCGGCGCUUGGUCGCGGACUCCUCCUCGCUCCCACCCGAUUUCCUCCAACGUCUCGAAUUGAAGCGCAAAGCCCUCGAUGACUCGAUCCACAAGUUCAUCGCCAGCAAAGACCGCGAGUUGAAGCAAUGGAUCAAACAGGAACGCUCCCUGCAUAAGCAGCAGACGCAAGAGCGGGAGGUCAAACUCGAGCAUGCCCGUUCACGCACCUCAUCGGACUCCACCCAGGAUACCAUGGAUUCGCCGCAUCUGAUGGCUCGGCGACCGGGGAGUCAUGGGCUGUUGUUGGGGAGUCUGAGGAGGGAGGGGGAAGAUGGUUCGGCGAUCGUGCUCGACGAAGACGAGGCACGAGGACAAGCCGAUGCUCGUGCGGUUGAAGCUGGCCUGGCAGAUCGUCGCGCAAGCCUGGAACGUGAUCGGGAAUUUCUGGGUGUCUUCACACCGGCUUUCUUACCAGCCUUUGCGGAAGACACACCAUCAUCGUCGAUUGCACAUGGCACUUCACCGGAUGAGAUCUCCUCGGGGAAGAGCGCAUUUGGUCAUAUCGACCCUUCAACAUCAGACAUCAUCGCGGUUGACUCUUCCCAGCAUGCCGAAGGCGCAGAUGCACUGCACGCGAUGGAAGCCAAACGACCAGCACAUCUCCUCCUUUCCAAGCGGCUUUCCUCAACGGGAUCUUCAUCCGAACGACUCCUCACAUCCGCCCUCAAGUCCCCUACAGAAAACAAACCCAAGCGCAAGCGAGUUUCGAUCGCAUUGGGGACUACAAUCGUCGCUCCCUCGGAUAGCGUGCCCAUGAACCUGGACCACCACAGCACCCCUUCCCACUCGCUUCAACGUGUCUCCAUUAGUGACGACGAGUCAUCUCACGCGGGCGACGACGAUACGAAUACCUUUUCCGACGCAGAAAUCAGCACUCCCGGGACAUCUGCAUCCCCUAAUCUCUCCGCCUCAAUACCGAUCCGCGAGAGUCGCGCUGAUCAGACAAACGACCACAAAAGUCCCAGCAAGCAGCCACACGAACCCUCAUCCUCCCGCCAACCCAACCCGACCACAACAAAAAAGGCUCCCCAUCAGACCGCCCCUGCUCCGUCUUCAAAACGUCACAUCGACCCUGACGGCGACCUCUUCGACCUCGAAGAUGAUUCCGACUCGGACCUCGAUCUCAGCGGCUCCCUCUCCCCGAAAAGCACCGCCGAACCCCUCGACACAUCCCUCGCCGGCCGCGUCGGCCUCGACCGCACAGGUAACCCCGACGCCUCCGAAGACCCGCAAAACUGGCCCAGCGACCACGACGAGCCCCGCGCCCUCCUCCUCGACCCGGACGACCCCGCCCGCGAUCCCAACUCCGACCGCGAAGACCCCGCAUCCACCCUCGGCCCCCCUUCCUCCUCCGCGAUAGCCUUCCGCCCCACCUCCGUCCAGUCCCCGACGAGCCCCGGUUUCCGCCGCCCGCCCUCCUUCGUGCGCGAUCCGAGCUACAUGACGAAGAAACCCGGCAGCAGCUUCCAGCCGCGCGCCAACAACAACAACAACCACCUCUCCUCCCCCUCCUCCUCCCUCUCGGCCUCGAUCAACUCCCACCCGCAGUCCUUCCCCUCGGACGACAACGACGACGCCGGCUACGCCCGCGCCCAGAAGGCCGCCGUCUCCGAGGAGAUCUACGGCUCCUCGUACGCCCGCCCCGCCUCCAAGGGCAGCUUCACCGCCGGCAGCAUGGGCGAGUCGUACAUGGCGCGGAACGCCGAGAUGUUGAGACGCCUGGGGUCGUCGGUCGGCUCGAGAUCGUGAACGGCAUUGUUUUUUCUUUUCUCCCUUUCGCGGCGGACCUGUCUCAUGGGCAGGUCGCUUGGAUAAUUUGACGUCAGAUCCUCCUCGGAAGCGGGUCGAUUGUCGUGGGAGAGGGAUCCCCUGGCCUUUCUUCCAUUUCGAUUCUCGGGGAUUCUUUGGGGAUGCUGAGGAUGCGCAGCUCCAUAUUGUAUGGGACUGGGAUUCUUGGAUUGGAUUGUUGUUUCCUUCCUUUCGAAUUCGCUG